CGGCGGCAUCUCUUGGGCGGUGCUCGGGGGCUUGAGCAUCGGCCUGCCUCCGGUGGUGAACUUCGGAGUUCCGGGCGACCGAGAUCUUCAAGCGCGGUGCAUCAGGGAGUGCCUCAGCGGGGAGAAGGUCAUCUGCCUGUGCAUCACGGAGGCCUCCGCAGGAAGUGAUGUUGCCGCCUUGGCAUGCCGUGCCGAGGAUGCCGGAGACCAUUUCGUGGUGAACGGCGAGAAGAAGUGGAUCACGAACGGCAUCUACGCCGAUUACUUCACGGUCAUCGUCCAGACCGGGCCGCCCGGCUCCCGCCAGAAGGGCUUGAGCAUGCUCCUGCUGGAGAGGUCCAUGCCGGGAAUCGAGACCAGGAAGAUGGACUGCACGGGCAUGUGGUCCAGUGGCACGACUUUCAUCACCUUCGACAACGUGAAGGUGCCGAAGACCAACAUCAUCGGCAAGCUGAACGGUGGCUUCAUGCAGGCGAUGUACAACUUCAACCACGAGAGGUGGAUGUUCCUCGUCCAGGCCAACCGGGGGGCGCGCGUCUGCGUGGAGGAGUCCCUGAAGUUCGCCCGCAAGCGACGCACCUUCGGCAAGUUCCUCAUUGAGCACCAGGUGAUCCAGCACAAGAUCGGUGAAAUGGGUCGUCAGUGCGAGGCCCUGCAGGCCUGGAUCGACUACCUGACUUUCCAGCUCACCACGAUGACCAAGGAGGAGCAGAACAAGAAGCUCGGCGGCUACAUCGCCCUCCUCAAGGUUUCGGCCACGAAGACGGUGGAGUACUGCGCCCGGGAGGCCCUCCAGGUCUUCGGCGGUGCGGGCUACACCCGCACCGGCCAGGGUGAGAAGGUGGAGCGCGUGUACCGCGAGGUGAAAGCCUGGGCCAUCCCCGGAGGAAGCGAGGAGAUCAUGCUGAACCUGGCCGCUGGCAGCCUUCGCUUCGUGAAGAGGCCCACGCCGGAUCCGAGGGACGCGACGAUCAAGAAGCUCAAGGAAGAGUUGGAGGGACUGAAGAAGUCCUCAGGGGGCCAAGCCAGGCUUUGA